AUGCUCGCAUCGAAAACUGUCCUCCCACGCAUCGCCCGCUGCGCGACACUCCCAGCAGCUCGCGCUUCGUUUUCCUCGUCGCGAAUUGUCUACCACAAAGAGUCCAGCUCCAACACAGACGACGACGUCGACAAGCACAAGCUCGACUUGCUGCGGAAGCACAAGGAGGGCACUGCUCACUGGAAGCGAGAGCUCGCGUCGGACAGCGAGGAGGCCGUCAAGGCGGACAAGGGUCACGGCGCGGCCAAGGAGUCGGUGCAGGAGCUACAGGAACGGACGAAGAAGAUGGCGGAGGAAUCGGCCACGGGUGGUACGAGUCGUCAUGAAGGCAUGUAA